AUGGCCAGCUCCUUAAACUUGAUUAUUAUAUGCUGUUUGAUACUGAUUAUUGCCGCGAUAACUGCAGUAGCAUGGCCAAGUGUCAAUUCAAUUGGAGAAGGAGACGGAUCUAAACUUGUCAGCUCAGUGAAUGUUGUAGAAGUCGGCACUUCACGUGGGUACAUUCAAGCGGCGCAACAUUUUCUGAAGUCAAUGAACUCAAAAGUUGAUCCAUGUGACGACUUCUAUGAAUUUGCAUGCGGAAAUUGGCACUUGUAUAACCAUGUUCCACCUGAUCUUGCAAGCUAUGGACAUUUUGCAGCUAUGCGAGAAAAAGUCACUCAAGAAAUGAGGGAUCUGUUGGAUGCCCGACAACUUUCAACGUCAAAAGCAAUCAACGACCUUCGACAAGUUUAUCAUGGCUGUAUGGAUACUAGAAGACAUGAUGAAACAAAGGGUUCCGAACUCUUGGAAGCUAUCAAGGAAAUGAAUUACUGGCCAAUUGUUCAUUCUGACUUAUGGGAUCCCUCAUUCUAUAACCUAACUGAAUUGCUAGUGUUUCUAGGCACUAAUAGAGCUAUGGACAUAUUUUUUGAUAUGUAUAUUUCGCCUGACCAGCGGAAUGUUUCAUCAAGAUUGAUCCACAUAGAUCAAGGUACUCUUGGACUUGGCUCUAAUGCCAGAGACUAUUAUUUGGAUGAAAAACGCUACAGCAAACAACUGAACGCUUAUGAAAACUAUAUUACAGAAAAGGUACUUUUGAUCGCCGAAGAUGCUGGCAUUCGUAAAACAGCCGAGGAUAUCGCUGGUGAUGUGCGAGAAAUAAUGGACUUUGAAAAAAAUCUUGCUCAGAUAAUGGUUUCUGAAAAUGAGCGGCGAAACUACACAAAACUGUACAACAUUCAUAAAUACAGUGAACUGCAAACGCUGCUACCAAAUGUCGAUUGGGACACUUAUUUUCGUGCUUUGAUGCCUUAUGAGCUUCAUUAUUACCUAAAUAAUAACCCUAACAUUAUUGUCAAUGAAGUGGACUUUUUGAAACGACUAAGCAACCUUCUGGAGAAAACUGAUAAACGUAUCAUAACAAACUAUAUCAUAUGGCGCUAUACAUCAGCAUGGAGUUUCCAACUUGAUCAACGUUAUGAUGACAUUCAACAGAAUUUCUUGAGAGCAAUGAUCGGAAAACAGGUAAAAUCACCAAGGUGGAAGGAUUGCGUUACAGCUGCCUCUGGUAGAAUGACCUAUGCUGCUGGUGCCAUUUACGUUCGCGAAUAUUUCAAAGAGGCAGACAAAGAGGCAGCACUGGAAAUGAUCGAUGAUCUCCAUGAUGCGUUUAGAGACAUGCUGCUGAAAAAUGACUGGAUGGACAACACCACACGUCAUUAUGCUCUUGAAAAGGAAUCUAAGAUGCAAAGCUUGAUUGGAUAUCCAGAUUUUCUUCUUGACGAUGAAAAAUUGGAUAAUUAUUAUGGAAAACUCAAAUUAGAACCUGGCGACAGCUACGCUAAAAUGGUUGAAAAAACAUCCAAAUGGGCACAAGAUCGAAACUUUUAUCGCCUGGUUGAACCAGUUGAUCGAAGUGAAUUCGGUAUUUCAUCGUCUACAGUCAACGCAUUCUAUUCAUCAUUGAAAAAUGGAAUCAUAUUUCCUGCUGCAAUUCUUCAACCUCCACUCUUUGACAGAAGUUAUCCAAAAGCUGUAAACUAUGGAGGUAUUGGAGCAGUUAUCGGUCACGAAAUAACGCAUGGUUUUGAUGAUCAAGGUAGUCAAUUUGAUAGUGAAGGAAAUUUGAUGGACUGGUGGGACACCGUAACUAAAGAGCGGUUUACUGAGAGAACAAAAUGUAUCAUCGAUCAAUACAGCACUUAUGAAGUUCCCGGCACAGGAUUACAUAUUAAUGGGCUUUUAACUCAAGGCGAAAAUAUUGCUGAUAACGGAGGUGUUAAAGAAGCCUACAAGGCUUACAAACGUUACUUGGAAAAAUUGGGUCAUGAAGAGAAGCGUUUACCCGGUCUUGAAGAAUACUCAAACGACCAAAUAUUUUUCUUAAGUUACGCACAGACCUGGUGUGGACAAACAAGGCCUGAAGCUCAAAUUCGACAAAUCUUAACAGAUCCGCAUUCACCACUACGUUUUCGUGUUAACGGCGUAGUAAUUAAUCAACCGGAAUUUGCACGGGCAUAUCAUUGUCCAAGAGGAUCACCAAUGAACCCUGACCAACGCUGUGUUGUAUGGUAA